AUGCUACCAGAUGAAGCUGUCAUCGCUGUGUCCGUGGACACAGGGCCGAUCGGGUCAGAUAAGAACUGGAAGGGCAUCGGGAUCUCUCUGCUGGUCAUCGCGGGGGUGCUCUCUCUCAUCGGGCUCUCCAUCGUUCUGCUGUCUAAUGAUGAUGCUGGUAAACCUUUUGGUUCAGAGCUGACACUGGAUGACCUGUUUCAAAGAGACUUCCAGUUACAUGAUCCUGAUGCCAAGUGGAUCAGUGAUGAGGAAAUCAUCUUCCAGAGCUGGGAUGGAGACAUCAUGAAAGCCAACACACAGAGCAAUGAGACCCAGCUGCUGCUGAAGAACACAACGUUUGCAACUUUUAAGGCCUCAACGUUUGCAGUUUCUCCAGAUCUAAACUUUGUUCUUCUGGGAUAUGAUGUCAAGCAGGUCUACCAGCACUCUUUUUUUGCAUCGUACCUGAUCUACAACCUGUACACAAGAGAGGUGCGGGAGCUGAACCCCCCGGAGGUGUCGGACUCCGUCCUGCAGUUCGCCUCGUGGGGCGUUCAGGGUCAGCAGCUGUUAUACAUAUUUGAAAACAACAUCUACUACCAGGCGGAUGUUCAGAGCAGCUCAUGGAGGCUCACGUCUUCAGGGCAGGAGGGGGUGAUCUUCAACGGCAUCACUGACUGGCUCUACGAAGAGGAGGUGUUGCUCUCCCAGGCGGCCCACUGGUGGUCUCCAGACAGCUCCAGACUGGCCUACCUCACCAUCAACGACUCCCUGGUUCCCAACAUGCUGCUGCCCCGCUUCACAGGGUCGCUCUACCCCAGGGGGGCGGAGUACCCUUACCCAAAGAUGGGACAAAUCAACCCCACUGUCAGACUGUAUGUGGUCACUCUGGACGGCAGCUCCCUGACUACUGAGCUGAGACCUCCUGACAGCUUUGAAAAGAGUGAGUACUACGUCACCAUGGUGAAGUGGGUGAGGCUGGACAGGCUGAGUGUGCGCUGGGUGAACCGGGCUCAGAACAUGUCCAUACUGUCCCUGUGUGAUGUCACAACGGGGGACUGCACCAAGAAACACGUGAUGACUUCAGAGAAGUGGCUCGAUCGUCAGAAUGAAGAGCCAGUAUUUUCCAUGGAUUGUACAACAUUCUUCAUCACUUUGCCAUUAAAACAAGGUGGCCACGGGACAUUCAACCACAUCACCAUGAUCUCUAACCAAUCUGAAGGUCAAGAGGUCAACCUGCGCCACCUCACCUCAGGAAGCUGGGAGGUGUCUCACAUUCUGGCCUAUGAUGAGAACACACACUCAGUAUACUUUCUGAGUUCAGAGGAAGGGUCAACCCAACAACAAUUGUACAGAGUCUCCACUGUGGACCCGUUUCAUAAAGAGUGCCUCUCCUGCGCUCUCUUCAAAUCAAAGUGCUCGUACUACGACGCCUCCAUCAGCCCUCAGUAUCAGAACGUCCUGCUGAACGGCAGAGGUCCUGGAAUACCCAGAACUACUUUUCACAGACUGAGUGAUAUGACCAAGCACAAGACUGUUGAGGCCAACACGGUGCUAAGACUUGCUCUCAAAAACAGGAGAAUGCCAAAGUGGGAAAGAAGAAUUGUACAAAUCAACAACUUUGCCCUUCGUCUGGAGUUAAUUGUCCCAAUAGCUUUGGAUGAAUCCAUGGAGCAUCCACUUCUGCUGAUUGUUGACAGCGCCCCCGGUGGCCAGGCGGUGAGCGAGCGCUUCUCUCUGGGCUGGGACUCAGUGCUGGUCAGCUCAGACAGCGUCAUCGUGGCUCGUCUGGACGGCCGGGGCAGCGGCUUCCAGGGUCAGAGGGUCCUGCACGAGGUCCACCAGAGGCUGGGGACUGUGGAUGUCCAGGACCAGAUCACAGCUCUGGAGCACUUGGUCAGACUUCCCUAUAUCGAUCGCAACAGAGUUGGAGUAUAUGGAAAGGCGUACGGAGGGUAUCUGUCCUCCCUCCUGCUCCUCUCACACAGCUCCAUGUUCCAGUGUGGCAUCGCUGUGGCUCCCAUCACCAACUGGAGACUCUACGGGUCGGCCCACACUGAGAAAUACUUUGGCUUCCCAGCGAGAGACGAUCACAAAUACCAAAUCUCCAGUCUGCUCAGAAACAGCACAGCAUCGAGCCCUCUGAACUUUCUGAUCAUCCACGGCACAGCAGAUGCCACCGUUCAUUUCCAGCAUUCUGCUGAGCUGGUCAAACUGCUGUCAGCGUUAAAUGUGAACUACACUCUCCAGAUUUUCCCAGAUGAAGGCCACAGCAUGGCCUCCAGCAGGAGCCAACACUACCUGCUGAACUCGGUGCUCACCUUCUUCAGGCGCUGCUUCAAGGAGAAGCAGGUCGUCGUCCCGCAGACGUCCAAAGAGUAUGACUAA